GGAGAAUACCUAAAUAAUCUGAGAUUUUGAUCACGCGAGUUGAAACUUCUUGCAGGCUGUCAGCUUUUAUACAAUAUUUGAUAUUUGCAUGGAGAAAUAAACAACAUACAGCAUGGUUCCAGAUGACAAAAAUAUUAAUACUAUAGUUGUUCAUACGUAUACAAAUUCAUUACAAUCAGAGAAUACAAGAACGGACAGAGAUUCCAAGUCGAAAGAUGACGUAGAAAUAUCUGGAAAUGAAGACAGCGAUUUCGUAUCAUCCAUCGAUGAAGACAGCAGUAAUGAAGUUUUAAACAUCACCGAAGAUUCCCAAUCGAAGGAAUACCACGAAAUAAAUGGACAAGAAAACAAUUGUGACAGUGAUUUUAUAUCGUUCCUCGUAGAAACCAAUGAUUUUUUGAACAACAGCAAAGGUCACAGUGGAAAUUCAGAUGUUGAUGGAAUGCUAAAUGGUUCUGAUUUUGACAAAAACAUCCUGCGUCCAAAUGGUUAUGGCAAAAACUUAACGAAAAGAAAUGGCUAUGGUAACAUUCACGACAGUCGCGGAAGACCCGAUGGUUGUGAGGCCAAACAGCGAAAAUCAAGGGGCAUAAUACAUGAAGCUAUAGGUGUUUCUGACAUAAACGUUGGAAAGGCAAAUUGUCUUUACGAAACCUGGUUAAAAAGAGAUUGUUUUUACGAAACCCAAGAUACAGCAGUUGGAUUUGAGAUAAAAAAUAUUAACGAAAAUGCAUUUGACGGUAGCAGUAACCGAGAAGAUCCAGAUGGCUGCGAGGAAGACACAAGAACUGACAUUAUCCAUGACAAGAAACAAAAUUGUAGCAUAUUUUGGGAAAUGCAGAUGAUUUCACGAAAAUCAUUCGACAUGCAGCUUUUCCUUUGGAAGACAGAUACUAUAACAUUGGUUUGGAUAAUCGUGAAAAUAGGGAUGGUUAUAACAGCUACAAUAAUGUCUAUCGUAAAAUUGGGGAUUGUUGUAACAGCUACAAUAGUGUUUAUCGUAAAAUUGGAAAUGGUUGAGAUGAAUCUGGUCAAUGAAGUGGAUACCUGCACGAACGCAAGCCAACAAGGACAAUUUUUAUUUGUUUCAGAUAUUGAGAACCCCAAAGAAGACCAUAUACAUAGAAAGGUGAAUUAUGCAAUUCUUUCCAAGGAGAGCAAAGAUUAUAUUGAAUAUAAAAAGGAAGAUGACGAAAUGCAAGAAAAAGAACAAGGUCUCGUUAUUAUUGAUAUUGAUGAUAAAGAAUUAGUUGUUGAGGUCCAAAAAGGAAAAUAUAAUAUUGAGAGUAAACAUGCAUCUGAUAACAGUCAACAAAAUGAAGAUGGUAUAAACAGUAGAAAAUCAGUUGUUGGAGGCCAAUGUAUAGACGGUAACUCUGAUGGUAAAAGGGUAAUUGGUAAAAUGCAAAGAAAGGUUGGUGAUAUGGUUGGUGCAAAAGUAUGGUUAGAAAAUUCGUUGAAAGAAAAUGAAAUUGUUGGUGAAAAGGCAGUUGGUGAUAUAUUAGAAACAGAAGACUAUUUCAAUGAUGAAAUGGCAGUUGUUGACAUCCGAGGAAAAACCAAUGAACUUGUUUGUCAAAGGGUCGAUGAAAUUCUGGGUAAAUCCGAUGAUUUUAAUGGCGAAAGGCUAGCUGCUAAGGUAAAAGAAGAAUAUAUUAACAUUGGUGGUGAAAAUACAGAGGAAGAAGAUGAACUUGAAGCUAAGACGCCUCUUAAAGAAAUCCAAGGAAAACAUGUUGAUAUUGGCGAUUAUAAGGCAGAUGAUAAAAUAUUAAGAAAUGAUGAUCACAUAGAUAGAAAAAAGGUAUCAUGUGAAUCUGUAGAAAAGAAUGAAGAGACAGCUGGUAAAAGCCAACGACAUAAUAAUGAUUUUGAUGGUGAAAAUGUAGGUAUUGAAAUCGCAGAAAAAAAUGAUGAUACUAACUGUAAAAAGGCAGUUGGUGAAAUCCUAGAAACAGGUGAUGAUGUUGAUGGUGAAGAAACAGCAUGUUGGAACUCAGAAAAAAACGAAAAAUGUGGUGAUGUUGGGGGUUCAAACGAUAUGAAUAAAAUGCAAGAGGAAGAAAAAAAAGAAGAGAUAAUUCCAAGGCGACAAAAAGAAAAUAUCAAUGAUAAAAGACCAGUUGGUGGCAAUAUAAAGGAUAUCGAUCAUACAAAAGCAGUGAAUGAAAUGGGAAUCGAAGAUAAUUUAAAAGACACCAAAUUAUUUGAUGAUCAAGACGACAAAGGAGAUAAUGGUAGUACCACAAACGCAGUUGUCGAAAUUCAAGAAGCAACGUCUAACAACAUAAAUGAAAUUGUUGAAAUAAAAGCUAUCCGAGAUAGUUUAGAUAAUACGAAAUCAACAGUAAUUAAGAAGUUCAAAAAGGACAUCCCUACUACUGACAAAAACAUUAAAAUGCCUUCACUGAUCAGCAUUUGUCCAAAUGGCAACAAUUUCCAUCAAGUUGAACGAUCCCGUUCGAAAACCGUACAUACCCCAAGGGAUAGGAACCAUUUCGAAAAAGUUAUUUUAUUGCUUGUAAUAUAUGGAAUACCUUUGGCAGGAGGAGCAAGUAAUGAACUUUCAACUAAAGUAACUUGGAGUCUGCAGACACAUCCAGCAGUAUUCGGGAGUAAUGCUACUCUCUGUUGUAUUAUUCAAAAUCCAGAUAUUAGUCACAUGGCAUGGGUAAGAGAUCCAAAUGCAAUGAUAGUGGCAACGGGAAAUAGCCCAUCGAAUCCAAUGAAAUAUUCGGCAUCGGUAGAACCAAGAGGAAACAUUACGUACUAUAGGCUGACAAUUAUCAAUGUUGAUAUGACAGAUGUUAACAUCAACUAUAAAUGUGAAUCGGGGUUUAUCUUCCUUGAAAAGAAGUUAGAACUGAAAGAAGAAAGUUUUGUUAUGAAACCUUCAAGCAAAGAAACUGCUAUAAAUAUUACAAGAGAAAAUGGAAUGAUCACAGUUUUAUUAGGAAUACGAAAUCUGUACCCCAGACCAGAUUGUUUUUUCUCAUCAAAGAAGGAGAAAAUUAAUGGUAACGUUUCUUUAGAAGAAAAAGGGAAACUUUUCAACGUAAAAAUGACUUUCAGUAUAAGCGAAGAUAUGUGCGAAAAAAACAUCAGCGCGUAUUGUGCUUUAGGACAGGAAACAGUAUCCAUUGACUUACCUUCAUCUAAUAAUAGUUGGACCCACCGAUGCCUUAAAGAUAGACAUGGAGAUAAUUCCGUCUUAAUAGUUACUGUGAUAAUCAGUAUAACGCUGGUAUUUAUUGUAUUACUCAUAGGUUUGUUGUUAAAGAAAUAUUUUGCCAGAAACUGCAGCUAUGCUUUUAAACUGGUUUUAAAAUCCGAACAACCAGUGUUUGUACAUGUAUAAACGAUAAUUAAAAAUAAAUGGAAUUUUGUAUUGUCUUUUUGAACUGGUUCAAAAUUUUAAAAAUGCAUCAAUGCUCAAGAGCUAUCUACCGAGACAGAGUCAAAGGAAUCAAAUUACGCUAUGUACAUGUUUACAUAAUUUUAAUCGAAGCACAAAUGUAACGUUUAUUUUGAUAUAGGUGUCGAUUCUUGUCUCAAAACAUACCAAGGGAGCAAAGCAUAUAUGGUUGUGGUGCAUGCUCCAAAACUAAGAUUGUAAGUUUAAAAAAAAAUCGUUAAGAUAAUGUUAAUCCAGUAUUUACUUACAAAGGUAAAAGUUAUUAAUAUUGUAGUUUCUUUACAUAUCUAGAUAUUGUAUUUAUGUCAUAUGGUUCUUUCUGCUUUUAUAGGAAGAAAGUUAGAAAUGCUUUGUAUAGCAUAUUUAAGUUAAGUAGAAAGUUGAAUAUACCUGCUGUAUUGUACAACAUGCAUGUAAAGCAUUUUUUUCCUUUUUAAAUGGAAUUCUUGGAUUGCAAUGGGGUUUUUUUUCUUCUGAAUACUGGCUAUAACAUACAUCGUAGUGUAUCUGUAUCUAAAAAUGUAGGCUUGUCUUUUAUGUUUAAAACCAAAAUCUAAUUAGGUUUGUCUAGUAUGUUUAAACAAAGAUUGUGUGAUCAGUUUAAGCAGACAUAAUAUUGAAAUGUAUUAAAUACUGCUUAAAGUCUUAAUUAUCGAAUAUCUAAAUAUUCUCAUAAGUUUGAAGAAUAUUUUGGUGAACUUUCUUAUGACUCUGAAAAGUUUUUUUUUUAAAUUAAAGAUUCCUCAUCCAUAGAUUGAAAAUUGAGGAAGGUCGGUUUUGGGAAUAGUUCGUCACAAUCGCAUUUGUGAUAUAUGUAAUAUGAAUAGUAUUGUGAUGAAUACUAUUAUUUGUAUCUCUAUUUUAUGAUUUAAUAAAAGUGUUUAUACAAUAAAACCAAUUAUUGUUCUGAUGAACCAUUAUUGUCUUACAAGUUUAUUGUUUAGUUUGUUUAUUAUGUUAUAAUAAUUACAUUGUAAUUAAUCUGACCUUCAAAGGAAACAUUGAUUGGUUAAUUAAAUUAUCAUCUGUAUCUGUUUAAAAGCACUUUUGUUUUGAAAAUGAAAGAUACAAUUUUUUUAGUCUUACCUUUUUUAAGAAAACAAACACUGUACAAUUUUAUGUUAAUUGGGAUGUAAAAGAUAGUAAAAUUAUCUUAUCUGUUGUAAAUUUAGAAGUAUAUGUAUAUAUAUCAGCAAUUACUGAUUUAAUAUCCAAUUUUUAUGCUAUAUUUUUUACAGGAAAUGGUUAUAGCCUCUAUACUUUUACACAUUAUAAAAUCGUAUACAAUUAUGUCACAGUGUCUACAUAUAUAUCAUGUAUAUAGUGUUGGUUAAUUAUAUAUGCAAAAGUAGUAUGUGUAUAUACUAAUUAUUUCUUAUAAAUAAUGUAAUUUUUAUGACUAUAAAAGUUCAAGCUUAGAAUCUAUUUGUAUAGGUUAUAAACUUUAUGUAAUGGUUAUAUUUUAUUUGAUAUAUAUGACAUAUCUAAUAAAUCUUCAAUCUUCAAGUUUUAAACCUUUUUAUAUAUAGGCUAAUUGCAAUUAUUUUUAACUUAAAGGAAUCCGAAUAAAAGUCAGGGGUGAACGUCGGUAAUCCUGAAGGGUAAGACGUUCAAGCUCUACUAUGGACAACGUCGUGUUACUCAUUGCAAGUAUGAGUCAAUGAUAAGUCGCAUUCAAUAACGUCAACUUUCACAAUUACAUCACUCAUCCAUUCACCUCAGUCAUUACAGCCGAACAGACGUGCGCAUACCUUCCUAAUACAGCGACAUGGUUAGCGGACUGCCUUCUAAUCUACUUGGCCCUGAAAAUAGCCGUUGUGAGGUGCAGUUAACCGACUCAAAAUAGUAAAGAAACCAAAUACAACUUACGUAAAACCAAAAUGGCCGCCUCCUGCCUGACCAACUUUUGACAAUAGCAACAUCGUAUUAAAAGCUCACCAAAAGCCCCCAAGGACACCGAGCUGAUUGUGCGCUGGCUGUAAAGCCAGUCAAAGACGUAAAAUCAACAAUAAUAUCACAAUCGAGAUGAUAAAGUGACAAGUGGAUUAUAUCUGCAGUCAUCUGAGACAGAUAUAUUCCAUAACAGUCAACCAAAUCAUGGUGGACUCCUUACAUUUUAUAAUACGGAGGUACUUUUGAUAAAAUAAAAUAUUUCAAAAACAUAA